GGGGAAGCGUCUCUUUGUCGUCCUGUCAUUCGCUGCUGCCUCUCUCCGCGCGCGCAGCUCCUCCGGUGCUCGGUGGACGAGCCUCUCUCUCUCUCUCUCUCCCUCUCUCUCGCUCUCUCUCUCCGUUGUACGGUCGGUGUUCCCUCGCCGUCUUCUUCGUCUCCGUCUCUCCCUCGGUGCUCGGUGCCCGACGCUCUGGAUCUCUUUACCGGUAACAAAGCCUGAUCCCGGCUCCUGCUCCCGGCUUCCUCCCCGCACACAGCGGCUCUCCGGUCCGGCGGCUCCGGGUUGCAUGGUGGAGCUUCGGCGGCUUCAGCGGCUCAACAAAUGCAGAAAAGGGAGAAAAGUUUCGGUAUACAAAUGCUGUCCGUCCAGCCGGACACCAAGCCUAAAGGCUGUGCCGGCUGUAACCGGAAGAUCAAGGACCGCUACCUGCUGAAGGCACUCGAUAAGUACUGGCACGAGGACUGUCUGAAGUGUGCCUGCUGUGACUGCAGACUGGGAGAGGUGGGCUCCACGCUGUAUACCAAGGCCAACCUCAUCCUGUGCAGGAGGGACUACCUACGGUUGUUUGGCGUAACAGGAAACUGUGCGGCGUGCAGUAAACUCAUCCCGGCCUUUGAGAUGGUCAUGAGGGCCAAAGAGAACGUGUACCACCUGGACUGCUUCGCAUGUCAGCUGUGCAAUCAAAGGUUUUGUGUGGGAGACAAGUUUUUCCUGAAGAACAACAUGAUCCUGUGUCAGACGGACUACGAGGAGGGGCUGAUGAAGGAGGGAUACGCCCCCCAGGUCCGCUGACCCAGCCCCCCCCCCCCCCCCCCCCCCCCACCUGUGGACCUGCAACAAGGAGGGAGGAGGAGGAGAGACUGAAGGAGAGCUUGUAAUCAAACUUAAAGCACUAUGGCCUCCCCUCCUGCCUCUGCCCCCCAACAUGUAAAUAUCCUCCCUGAUGAGGGGUGGGGGGGGGGGCG